CCGCCUCUUGUCUGGAACUAAAGCGGAAGUACAAUGCACUGUACAUAAUUCGCUAUCAUAUAAGUUGUUACUUUUUUGCCCAUCCAUUUGGCACUGGUCUGCUUGUCCAUUGGUGGGGGAGGGCGAAGGUUUGGAGAAUUAUAUUUAGUAGCAGGACUGUAGUACGUGUUUUUGGGUAGUGUCUAAACCUAAAGGCUUAAGUGGCCAACAGGUCCUCUGUUGUGACUGGCUGGUAAGGGACCAACUCGGCUGUUCUGCUUUGUGUCCUAACUCGAAAGGCUGUCUGGAGUGGGGGAUGGCCUUACUGGCCUGUGUUUCCCAGUGCUGUUAGUAGAUGGGGUGUCUUGUGCAAGUAGCAAGUGCUUUUGUAUAUUUAUAAUAUAAGCCCGAAAACAGUUGAAUUAAAGCUUCUUGGUUAGAUCUUUUCUUUGCUCUGACUGCCUUGUUGUCAUAAUACCCUUUUUUUUUUGUUUUGUUUUUUUAAUAGACAAAGAUUGGCUUUUCAUCAGGGGGAGUGCUUGCAUUGAACCCUCAGUUUAAGGGAGUUUUGCCACCCACUGGCUGAGUGGCAAAAUGCUGAGAAUUUCCCCAUGUGCGGUUACCCUAAAUGUAGCUGUGGUGUGCUGCCCAUUGCCCCUUUCUCCUAUUUGUUGUAUAGAGACAAGUCAAAGUUGUCUGGGCUUUUCUGCCCUGCAUUGAGCUUACACCAUUGCUGCGCCAAACUACCCUGUAACAGUUACAUGAAUAACAUUUGCCUGUCACUGUGCUUACAGGUUUCAGCCGGAGACUGCACAUUUGAGAGCAUAGGGUAUUUUGGCAGGUUAUUGGCAUUUUGUCAGCUGCCGAGACAAAAGUAAUGUGUGGCACAGCCCUUACUAUGCUGUUUUGAAUUGUCUUCCAUAGAUUUUAUCAAGCUUGAUUGGUGUGAUAUAUGUCAUAAGUUUGUAACUUAUAGAUCAGGACCUCAAGAUGGUUGGCCAUUCUGUUCAGGAUGUGUGUUUACCCCCCCCCCCCUUAAUGCAGUAAAACUGUCUUAAUACAGUUUACAGGAGGCGCUAAGGAAUACAUAAUUUCAAGAUAAAUCUAAGGUUGUAAUUUAAUAUCCAGUCUUUAUCUGGGUCCUGUCAGGUAAAAGUUAAGGACCUCGGUCUAAUUUUUGGUUGCCUGUCAUGUAACAAGUUAAUAAAGAAAAAAUAUUUCCAAAUGGACUAGUUUAAGGGUAUAAUCGCCCUUUAGUACAAGGGGUCCAGGUGCCCAAACCUCAAAAAAACCUUUCGCUCACAGGAAAACUCCAAAACAAAAAUACCUCUAAAAUGAGGAAGCUAGGCUGGCACUAUAAGAAACUGGACCAAUCAGUGGAAAAGUGGUGCAAUUAAAAUAUUUCUAUAAAAAGCAUCUCAAACAUAAACAACCUGAUGCGUUUCGUGCCAAAGAUGGGCACUUAAUCAUAGGUGUCUGGAAUGGCUGAAGUAACUUUACGGGUUUUUGUGGUGUAGGAUUUUCACGUUUUAUUUGACUUGUUGAAGGAGCUUUAUAUUUCACUGAAAUGUCUCCAACCAGUGUAAUUUCCUUAAUUAAUGCUACUGAUUUAGUGGGAAUGAUUUACAAAAUGUGGCCAUUAAAAGCUGACAGUUCCAGACCAAAUUGGCAGCUUAAAGGAACAGUAAGGGCUCUGGCACACAGGGAGAAUUAGUCGCCCGUGUCAAAUCUCCCUUGUUACGGGUGACUAAUCUCCCCGAACUACCAUCCCACCGGCGAAAAUGUAAGUCGCCGGUGGGAUGGCACAUGCUGCGCAGGCGAUUUUGGCAAAUCGCCGAAGUUGCCUCGCGAGACAAACACACCAGUUGUAGCAAUGCAGGGCAAUAGUACAUUAUAUUGUAAUUACUUUUCUACGCUUUCAUUUUUUGGUUUUACUGUUCCUUUAACAUUGCCCAUUUAUCAACAUUUGGCUGUAAAAAAGGCCGCCUAUCAAUUUUGCAGGUUUGAAAAAACCCAGUUGGUUGAGUAUUUCAUCAUCAUAUUAAUUCAUACUCCUAUUAUGGUAAGACUGUUUGCCCAGCGGUCCAGACAUUUAGAUCAUUCCUAUUUGGCCUCCAAUGUUGGUGACCCAAUUGGACAAUUGGAUAAGACCCACUUGUGUGCCAACCUCUCCAGCCUGGUGAUUGCGUAAGGUACGGUGUGAAGUUCUGCUGAUGUUGGAAGGUGCAUGGGGCAGCAGGAACUCUGCAGUCCUCCUUAGAUUUCUUUUGGGAAAUGCCUGUAUUUGGUGUCCUACUGUUGAUAUGGCACAUUGGACUGUCACUUGGAGGUAACACAUACUUCCAAGACAAGGUGAUUGUGCAGAAGAAUGCAGAGUUCAAUAAGGAAUACAAUGAUUCUGUCAAUGCCGAACAACAAAAUAUAUACGCCUUCAACCACACAAUGCUUAGGAACAAGACAGAUGGAGUCAGAGUUUCUGUCAAUGUACUAUCUGAUCAGAAGGCGACACCACUACUAUUUGUGGUCAGACAGAAGGAGGCUGUGGUGUCCUUCCAGGUGCCAUUGGCACUAAGGGGCCAGUACCAGCGUAAUUACUUGUAUCAAGAUGUUGGACGCACAUUGUGCCAGCCACCAACCAGAGCAGAAGCCGAAACGGAGUCAUUCUACGUAGAUGUCUCCACCUUGGCAGAGAAGAAUACCACAUACCGCCUACGUGUCACACAUGUAGAGAACUUUGUUCUUCAGACAAAUGGACCAUUCAAUUUUAACGCAACUCCUGCUCAGCCACAGUAUUUUAAGUACCUUUUUCCUGAGGGGGUGGAAUCCGUGAUUGUAAAAGUCUCCUCUUCCAGUGUGUUUCCCUGCUCUGUCAUCUCCGUCCAAGAUAUCCAGUGCCCUGUUUAUGACCUUGAUAAUAAUGUGGCCUUUAUUGGGAUGUAUCAGACAAUGACUAAAAAAGCUGCAAUCACUGUGCAGAGAAAAGAUUUUUCCAGUGGUGGUUUCUAUGUUGUGGUUGUGGUAAAAACUGAAGAUGAAGCCUGUGGGGGGGCUCUGCCUUUAUUUCCCUUACACCAAGAUAUUCCUGUUGAUCAUUUAAGCCGUCAGAAGAAUCUUGAAGUGUUGGUCAGCCCAGCAAUAAACAGAAAUGUCUAUGUUGCCGGCAUGCUCUUCUGUUUAGGUGUUUUUUUGUCUUUCUACCUGGUGGCUCUGCUCAUAUCCUGUUGGGAGCAAUAUCGGAAAAAAAAUAAGUCUGAAGACCCUUUUUUGAAUUCAGCAUCAUCCCUGAAUGAUGAAACAGCCUCAUUACUUGGGAAGCCUCCCAUGUGUCCAAAAUAUGAUGCCUGUGGCUAUGGUUCAAUUGCAGCUCAGCACAGCAGCUCUGUUCCUAGCCCAGAGGAUUGUACUGACAGCUUGGUCUCUUCUGGUGAAGCCACAUAUAGUUAUACAGGUCUGGAGCAGUUCAAACGCCGCUCCCUAUGCUACACCCCGCAGCCUCUGAGCUCGUCCUUUGACCGCUCUCUGGAGAACCUUGUAUCGCGCAAUCGGCUUGAGUCACUUAGCUCUGUGGAAGAAGACGAUUAUGAUACACUGACGGAUAUUGAGUCUGACAAAAAUGUGAUAAGGACUAAGAAGUUUCUUUGUGUUUCUGAUUUGGCACGAAAAGACAAACGUGUCAUGCGGAAAAAGUACCAAAUCUACUUCUGGAAUAUCUCCACAAUAGCAGUGUUUUAUGCACUGCCUGUCAUACAGCUUGUUAUUACCUACCAGACAGUGGUAAAUGUGACUGGAAACCAAGACAUCUGCUAUUAUAACUUCCUCUGUGCUCAUCCACUGGGUUCUUUAAGUGCCUUCAACAACAUACUAAGUAACUUAGGCUAUGUGAUGCUUGGGCUUCUCUUUCUUGUCAUUGUGUUGCAGAGAGAACUCAGUCAUAACCACAACCGCAUGAAUAUCAGGGGUCAGCUUCAGGAAUGUGGAAUCCCCAAACAUUUUGGUUUGUUUUAUGCAAUGGGUACUGCUCUGAUGAUGGAAGGCCUUCUUAGCGCUUGUUACCAUGUGUGCCCAAACUACACAAACUUUCAGUUUGACACUUCCUUCAUGUAUAUGAUUGCUGGCCUGUGUAUGCUAAAACUGUACCAGAAGAGACACCCUGAUAUUAAUGCAAGCGCCUAUAGUGCUUAUGCCUGCCUAGCUAUUGUUAUCUUCUUCUCUGUAGUUGGUGUGGUUUUUGGGAACGGGAACACAAUUUUCUGGGUUGUAUUCUCGGUGAUUCAUAUCUUGUUCACGCUACUCCUGAGUACACAACUCUAUUAUAUGGGGCGUUGGAGACUAGACUCUGCAAUUUUACGACGUAUUUUUCAUGUUCUGUACACUGACUGUGUGAGACAAUGCAGCCCUCCCAUGUAUGUGGACCGCAUGGUUCUGCUUGUCAUGGGAAACAUUGUAAACUGGUCCUUGGCAGCGUAUGGACUCAUCGUCAGACCUAAAGAUUUUGCUUCCUAUCUCCUUGCUAUUGGAAUCUGUAACUUGUUGCUCUACUUUGCAUUCUACAUCAUCAUGAAGCUUCGCAGCGGGGAACGUAUACUGCCAAUCCCACUCCUCUGCAUCACCUGCACCUCUGUGGUUUGGGGAUUUGCCUUGUUCUUCUUUUUCCAAGGACUUAGCACCUGGCAGAAAACUCCUGCUGAAUCCAGAGAACACAACAGAAAUUGCAUUUUGCUUGGUUUCUUUGAUGAUCAUGAUAUUUGGCACUUCUUGUCAUCUAUUGCAAUGUUUGGCUCUUUCCUGGUACUACUCUUUCUAGAUGACGACUUGGACAGUGUACAGAGAGACAAGAUCUUUGUAUUCUAAGUUCUGCUUCUACAUAAUUGAAUAUUAUUUAUUAAGAAAUUAAUGAAUAAGAAAUACCAUUCUAGGUAUAGUACUAUUUAGUACUACAUUGGAGGGCUCUGCUCUGCUCAUUUUGGGACCUGCGGAAAGAAAGGUGGAAUGGAUAAUUUCUAAACACUUUGCAAAAAUAAAGAGAAGAAGAGAUUUGCUCUCUAUGAAACUACUGAAAGUUGAAGCUAUUGUUAUGUCCGUCCUGGCAGCAAAUGCAAGAAAUAACUGCAUCUCUGAGGAUGUUGUUUAUUCUUUUGAAUGAAGGUGAUCAAACUGCACUUUAUUGCUAUAUAGGCCAGUUUUCAAUAUGUGUGGUCAUCAGUGUGGUCCACUGCUGCUUUUGUAUCUUUAUGGACCACAAGGUGUCAUUGUUUCUCUUCUUGAUGCCAAAAGGAAUUGACUCUGUUUUUGUUUUGAUAGCUAGCUCUUAAAUUCUUUUAUUCUUUUUUUGUCACCAUGUUAUUUAUUUAAUGCCUUGUCAGCUAGCCAUGCAUUGGAUUAAUACUGUAUUUAAAAAGAAAUGAAUUUGGCUGAUCCAUCUAUCUUUUAUUACAGUGCUCUGAAAUGCCUUCAUAUUAGCCAAUCAGCCUUCCAUAACACAGAAUAUCUUUCAAUUGUGGAGCCAGGUACAUGCAGCCUUUUGAAACGGACCUAUUUCUUGAAUACAUUUUAACUAGGGAUAGUGCAAGUAAGGGGUGCUGCUAUUUGUUUUAUGCCAACAGAUCCAAACAAAUUGUUUGCCAAGGUGAAGCCCUUACUGAUAUGUAUAUAGGCUGGAUCUGUAUCAGGGCAGCGCCAGUAAGAAAAUGUGCCAUCUUUUCCUCUUUGGCCGCGCCCCGUGUUUAACACCUGCUUUUAUUUCUUGUUUGUUUUAUACUCCUGAGAUUAAAAAAUACAAACAAACCAAA